ACAAGGGCGGCAACACAAAAGAUAAAAUUAAAAAAAAAAACAAACACACACACACAAAUAUUUGGUUUGAAAGACGCAGCGGCAAUUCAAAGAGGAAACGGACAGACAGAGAGAGUUUUGGCGACGGAAGCGCGGUUCAGAGCAACGGGGAAAAAAAAAAAAAAAAGAGGCUAAAUGACUUGGAUCGGGUAAUUUUAGGGUUUCUGCUCCUGCUUCACCACCGAUUUUUGGUCCACAGCAAGUUCCAUCCGAUGUCAAAAGCCGAGGCUGCGAAGAAAAUUGGUGAGGAUUCAGGUAAUGGGAAGUUGUUGAAUGAGAUUGAGGCUAUAAGUAAAGCCCUGUACCUGGAUAAAAACCCCUCUAGAAGUUUGAACCAUUCGCUGAAUAAUCCAUCGAAAUCUUCCGGAAAAACUCAUUUGGUAGAUUCCAAGGUGAAUGCUAAACGAGGCAACGAAGAGCCACCACGCAAGGAGAAGAAAUCCAUUUGGAAUUGGAAGGCCUUGAAGGCAUUUUCUCAUAUCCGAAACCGUAGAUUUAACUGCUGUUUCUCUCUCCAAGUCCAUUCAAUUGAAGGGUUACCCCCGAAUUUCGAUGAUUUGAGUCUCUGUGUGCACUGGAAGAGGCGUGAUGGUGUUUUGGUUACUCGGCCAGUUAAGGUUCUUCAAGGAGUCGCAGAAUUUGAAGAGAAGCUUAUUAACACAUGCUCAGUUUAUGGCAGUAGGAAUGGACCCCACCACUCGGCAAAGUAUGAGGCAAAGCAUUUUCUGUUAUUUGCUUCUGUUUAUGGUGCUCCAGAAAUUGAUUUGGGGAAGCACCGUGUUGACCUCACAAGGUUGCUUCCCCUGACCCUUGAGGAAUUAGAGGAGGAGAAGAGCGCAGGGCAAUGGACGACAAGUUUUAAAUUAUCUGGAAAGGGUAAAGGUGCUAGGAUGAAUGUUAGUUUUGGGUACAUGGUAACUGGGGAUAGUUCCAGUGCACCUGGAAAUACACAAAAUGUUCCUGAGCUACUGAAUUUGAAGCAGGAUAGUCUGAGUAUUAAAACUGGGACAAAAUUCGGACUAGGUGAUGGAAGGGGAAAUAUGCGGCGUGUUGAAAGUCUGCCUAGUUUAUCCAAUCAUCGGCGACAUUCUUCAUCUCGAUCUGUAGAGGAAAUAAAGGAUCUUCACGAGGUUUUGCCCGUAUCAAGGUCGGAACUUGCCAGCUCUGUAAAUAUACUAUAUCAGAAAUUUGAUGAAGAAAAUUCUGCUAGUCCAGCAGAUUACAAGUCGGAAGUUGGUGAUUUCACCGAGCAUCUUGAGCCCAAACCAUGUUCCAGCCCGUUGUCUGAUUCUGGUAGAGAAAACAUAGGCAAUAUAAGUGAAGUUAAUGACUUUUCUGUAAUCGAACAAGCUGUGGAAUUGUCAUCAGAAGAACCAGUGAAGUCAGAGGAUGUUAUCAAAGAGACUGCUGAUGUUUCUCUAGCAGCCCGUCAUGAUGUUGAAAUUGACACUGGUGUUCAGUUAGCCUUUCAAGAGGAUCCUAAGCUUAAUUCUGAGGGCCAAGAUGAAAAGAAUGGUAACACUGUAGAUGAGCUUUUAGUAUGUAACUGCUCUUCUGAAAAGGAUGACAUGUGUACAAAAGAAUCACUCAUGAAAGAGUUAGAGUCAGCUUUAAAUAGUGUGUCAGAUAUGGAGAUGGCAGCUUUGGAAUCUCCUGAAGAGGAAGAUAAUUAUAAGGAAAUUAAUUUGGACAAUGAGAGUAGGAAGGGGAAGUCACCUAGCUUAGACGAUGUUACAGAGUCUGUUGCAAGUGAGUUCUUAAACAUGUUAGGGAUACAGCAUAGUCCAUCUGACUUGAGUUCCGAGAGUGAACCUGAUUCCCCAAGAGAGCGUCUGCUAAGACAAUUUGAAAAGGAGGCUCUUGCUGGUGGUUAUUCUUUAUUUGAUUUUGAUAUAGGUGACAGCGAUAAAGCAGAAUGUGGAUAUGAUGAUGCAGCUGGGUCAAGGUGGGAAAAUACAACAGAGGCUUUUGAAUUUACAUCAAUGAUUCAAGCUGCCGAAGAGGAGCACCUAAUAGCAACUCAAGAAGCAAGAAGCAAAACAAAGGCAAAGAUGUUAGAAGAUUUGGAGACAGAAGCCUUAAUGCGUGAGUGGGGCUUCAAUGAGAGGGCUUUUCAGCAUUCUCCAACGACAAACACUGCAGGAUUUGGAAGUCCUAUUGAUUUACCUCCUGAAGAGCCACUGGAAUUGCCUCCUCUUGGAGAAGGGUUAGGUCCAUUUCUGCAGACAAAGAAUGGAGGUUUUUUGCGGUCUAUGAAUCCCUCAGUUUUCAUGAAUGCUAAAAGUGGUGGAAACUUGAUAAUGCAGGUUUCUAGCCCUGUUGUGGUUCCAGCAGAAAUGGGUUCUGGGAUAAUGGAUAUAUUGCAGCGUUUGGCAUCAGUGGGAAUUGAAAAGCUCUCUAUGCAGGCAAAUAAGUUAAUGCCGUUGGAAGACAUCACUGGAAAGACUAUGCAACAAGUAGCAUGGGAAGCUUUGCCUGCUUUGGAGGGAUCUCAGAGUGAAUGUUUAUUGCAGCAUGAAUCAAUGGUGGACCGAGAGAAAUUGGGUGGACCAAUGAGAGUUAAAGGAAAAUCAUCUGGGUUGAGGUCCAAUAGGGCUAUGUCAAGCUCAAUCAGCAACGAGAUGGGCUCAGAGUACGUUUCUCUUGAAGAUCUUGCUCCUUUGGCUAUGGAUAAGAUUGAAGCACUUUCAAUGGAGGGGUUGAGAAUACAGUCCGGGAUGUCUGAUGAGGAUGCACCUUCAAAUAUUAGCGCCAAGUCUAUAGGAGAAAUUUCAGCUCUCCAGGGAAAGGGUGUUGAUAUCAGUGGGUCCCUUGGCUUGGAGGGUGCUGGUGGAUUGCAACUGUUGGACAUAAAAGACAGCGGUGAAGAUGUCGAUGGACUAAUGGGCCUAUCUUUAACUCUCGAUGAAUGGAUGAGACUGGAUUCUGGUGACAUUGAUGAUGAAGAUCAUAUCAGUGAGCGUACAUCUAAAAUUCUUGCAGCUCAUCAUGCUCAUUCGUUGGACUUCAUUCGUGGGAUGAAAGGGGAGAGAAGACGGGGCAAAGGAUCUAGUAAAAAGUGUGGUUUGUUGGGGAAUAACUUCACAGUUGCACUAAUGGUGCAACUUCGUGAUCCGAUACGAAACUAUGAGCCAGUUGGAACGCCAAUGCUUGCUCUUAUUCAAGUAGAGAGAGUUUUUGUUCCACCAAAGCCGAGAAUAUACAGCAAGGUUUCUGAGCUUAGGAACAAUAAUGGAGAAGAUGAUGAUGAGUCUGAAUCAGUGGUGAAGGAGGAGAUAAAGGAAGAGAACAAAGCUAAAUCUGCUGCAGAGGAAGGAAUUCCACAGUUUAGAAUCACUGAAGUCCAUGUUGCGGGUCUGAAAACCGACCCUGCCAAAAAGAAACCAUGGGGUACUUCAAGCCAGCAACAGUCUGGCUCCCGCUGGUUGCUUGCUAAUGGAAUGGGGAAAAGCAAUAAGCAUCCGUUUAUGAAGUCAAAGCCUGCUUCCAAAUCUAAUGCCCCGUCAACGACAAAGGUUCAGCCUGGUGAUACCUUGUGGAGUAUCUCAUCUCGUGUUCAUGGUAACGGAGCGAAGUGGAAGGAAUUGGCAGCUUUGAAUCCUCACAUACGCAAUCCCAAUGUUAUUUUCCCCAAUGAAACCGUCAGAUUGAGUUGAUGAGUGGGAUAGUUUCACCCUCCUAUGAUAAACGUUGAAUAUCAUUGCACUAUGCUCUACCGAGUCAGAUUCGAACCCCCAUCAUUACCAUCUUGAGGCCGAGCUAGGUCGAUGGGUCACCUUUUUGGGCUUUUGUUUUUCCACUUCCGUGUAUGGUCAAGGCCAGCCAGCCAAUAGGAAGUGAGUAAAAAAAAAAAAAAAAAAAAAAUUGGUUGUUGUUGUUUCUUUCAUUUUUAUUUGUAAAUCAUUUACGUUGUAUAUGUAUUUAAAGUAUUGUCGUAUGUGUGUGUGUGUGUGGAAGUAAAUGGGACAACUCACUCUCACCGCACCACGCAAACUUCAACUGCAGGGCUUGCAGCUUUUGCUCCGAACGACAGCUUGGGCUUUCGAAUAGAUUUGCUUUCAGACACUUUGUGAAAA